AUGAAGUGCCUCACCAUCUUCGCGCUGCUGUGUCUGCCAAUCUGCUCAUCUUAUCCACUGAAUGGAGCAGCAAAGGAAGAAGACCUCGAUGACCUGGACUUUCCCCAGCGAUACCUGGAAUACUACUACAACCUUGGAAAAGACACAAAACAAGUUUAUAGAAGUAAAGACAAUGGUCCUGUCAUUAAAAAAACCCAAGAAAUGCAGAAGUUCCUUGGGCUGGAGGUGACAGGGAAGCUGGACUUGGACACCUUGGAGAUGAUGCGCAAGCCCAGGUGUGGAGUUCCAGAUGUGGGCCAGUUCCACGACUUUCUCGGCACGCCCAAGUGGAGGAAAAACCACCUCACUUACAGGAUUGUGAAUUACACACAAGAUUUGCCACGAGAGGCUGUGGAUUCUGCUAUAGAGAAAGCUCUGAGGGUCUGGGAGGAGGUCUCCACACUCACAUUCUCCAGGAUGCACGAAGGAGAAGCCGACAUAAUGAUCUCGUUUGCAGUUAGAGAACAUGGAGACUUUUAUCCUUUUGACGGACCAGGAAAGAGCUUGGCCCAUGCCUAUCCCCCCGGGCCUGGAUUUUAUGGUGAUGUUCACUUUGAUGAUGAUGAAAAAUGGACAGAGGACACAUCAGGAACCAAUCUAUUCCUGGUCGCUGCUCAUGAACUCGGCCACUCCUUGGGUCUCUUCCACUCGGAUGACCCUGAGGCGCUGAUGUACCCACUCUACAGCUCCUUCAGAGACCUCACUCAAUUCCGCCUUUCGCAGGAUGAUGUGGAUGGCAUUCAGUCCCUCUACGGACCGCCUCCUACUUCUCCUGACACCCCUGUGGUGCCCACUGAAUCUAGCCCACUAGAGUCUAAGAUACCCGCUGCAUGCGACCCUGCUUUGUCCUUUGAUGCAGUCAGCACCUUGAGAGGAGAAAUCCUGUUCUUUAAAGACAGAUAUUUGUGGCGUAAACUCCACUGGAAACCCCAACCUGAGUUUCAUUUGAUUUCUACAUUUUGGCCCUCUCUUCCAUCAGAUUUAGAUGCUGCUUAUGAAGUUAUUAGCAAGGAUACAGUUUUCAUUUUUAAAGGCAAUAAGUUCUGGGCUCUCAGAGGAAGUGAGGUACAAGCCGGCUAUCCAAAGAGCAUCCACACCCUGGGACUUCCCCCAGCCAUACAGAAAAUCGAUGCCGCUGUUUCUGAUAAGGAAAAGAAAAAAACAUACUUCUUUACAGGGGACAAAUACUGGAGAUUUGAUGAGAAACGACAGUCUAUGGAACAAGGCUUCCCAAGACUUAUAGCUGAUGACUUUCCAGGCGUUGACGGGAAGGUGGACGCUGUAGUCCAGAGCUUUGGGUUUUUCUAUUUCUUCAGUGGAUCAACACAGCUUGAGUUUGACCCUAAUGCCAGGAUGGUGACACACAUAUUCAAAAGUAACAGCUGGCUACUGUGUAACCAAGACAGGGAAAAGACAGAUGUGGGCUUUUAAAAUGAAUAAUGAACAGUUUCCUAAUUUACUGUGGUCAAAAUGAUAAAUUAUGCCUGUCGGUGCAGUGGCCAAAGAAGACGAGGCCUGUCCACGUCCUUGUGUCACAGACCAUUGACUAAAACAUUUUACUUUUUUUUACAUUGCACAGAAGUGAGAA